CAAACUUCCAGUGAAACCGUCCAUCCCCUUUUUUUCUACUUGCCUCUCAUUCGUGUCAUCGAGUCGGACCGAAAGAGCGAGUCAAGCUGUGACUUGUGACCAAAUAGGCAAAAGGAGACCUCGCAGUCUCCCGUGCAUGACGACGAGAGCACAAAGCGGAGUGUUGCGUGCGAUUAGAAGGCCUCACCACGCCCUGCAGCGCAUUCUCUCAGUCUCUCCGACCUCAGCGGACGUUUCCUCGCUCUAUUCCGGCCGCUUCAGGCCUCGGCCGCUCUUCUACUAUCCCAAACACACAAAUACUACGGCCGAAUGCAGAGUGAGCGGUCUUCCAAGAGCUACAGCUUCAUCUCCGAAGGCUCCUUCUGCGCCGAGAGCACCGCGUACGACUGGGAUCGUAUCGCUGCGCAGACUGGCGCCGGGGACGACGUCUACGGCCUUCGAGUGCCUCGAGAGCUGCGUGUACACUCGUCCACACCGACGGACAAUGUGGACGACGUACUGAGUGUAUCUCCGAGAUCAAGAACAGCUACAGUCAGCAACACGUGCGAAGCGGGACAGAAACACUCGGUCGCGUUCGAUCGGACUUGGGUAGACUCGGAGAUUCCGGUUGUAGGCAGGUCUAGCUCCGCUCCACCGUCCAUUCAGCUACUACAGGAAGUGAUUCGACCGUCGGAGAGGAGGAGAGCCGCUACAGCGCCGCCCUCGGGCUUCUUUAACCACUUAUUGUACGGCAGUUUACGAGCCGGAGCAUUGGCAGAAUUAUUCUCGGAGCCUUACUGCGGCUUGGCCAUCUCCGCCGCAGCUACCGGAUUUAUGGUCCCAUUCCUCGCUGACGCAUUCCAGCCACUACUUUGUGUCUAUCUGAGCUUCAACAGCGACCAGUGCACCGCCACACUGCGCUUUCUCAAGCUUCCUGGCGUCAUCAGCUUUUUCAUUGGACUAUUAUCAGAUUUUUACCCAAUUUGGAGCUUCCAUCGCAAGUCGUACAUGCUGGGAGGAUGGAUUUUCGCCUAUAUGGCACUCAUGGCACUUGUAAUUGUGGCAUUAGUCGACGACAGUGCAGGAUUCAUGAACCCCAGCGUCCGAACGUUCUAUGGUGGCGCAGUGUAUGUCCUUCUCAUGAUGGCUACAUCUCUAGGUAUCACAGUGGCCUCAAUAGCGGCGUUUGCGUUCUUGGUGGAAUUAUCACAACGCGAACCCAUUCACGAACGUGGCACGUUAGUGGUGCAGUAUUUGUUGACGCAAGAGGCAGCGACGCUGUUGGCAGAUAUUGUGAUAUCGCUUGUUGUGGGCUACAAUAAGGAGUCCGAUACGACACAGGCAGUGAUCUCGAUGAAGGUUAUUAUUCUUAUAAUGGCGGUAGUGACGUUAGCACCGAUUCCUGCGGUGCUAUUCCGUCUAGACGAGGAACCCAGACAACUCAAAGUGGACUCGGUGGAUCGAUCGUCGCUUACUCAUCAGCUGUGGAGUAUUCUACAGCAAGAGGCAGUGUGGCGGAUCAUCCUGUUCGUCUGCUUCUCCGUGUUCCUGUCUUCGUUCAGAUUCAACUUUGCCGACGACGCCGUGCUGUACUGGGCUAAUGCAUCGCCUGAUGCGGAGCGUGUGGGCGAGAUUCCCAAGCAGAUGAUCUUGAUUUUAUCCAUCUUGACGUUCCAGUUGACGCUGUUUAAUUACAGUUGGGUACGCAUCUCAGUGGGAGGCUUGCUCAUUGGAGUGACAGUGUAUCUACUUGCAGCACUACCAACAAUCUUCGAUGGAGUUCGAAGUGCCUGGUAUAUAUUGUCGAUUUUGUCGUUGAUUGGCGUUACGCGUGCGGCGGUGCUGCUGGUGACGUCGCUGCCUGUCGUGGAGAUUACAGAGAAUUGUCUGGAAGGCGCGACCACGGGUCUGGUGUCGUCCUACAAUACGUUGAUCAGUAUGGUGAUUUUGACCUUCUCGGAUGCCAUCAGCUCGUCGAGUGCAGACCUCGAGAAGGACUUUUCGGACAAUGUGAUCGCUCAAGACUCAUCCGAGACGCGUACUCAAGUGCUGUCGUUUGUCUUGUCGAACUGUGCGAUCAACUUGCUGGCGUUGGUACCAAUUCUUUAUUUAUUACCGCGUCAGAAGUUGGAAGCUCAGGAGAUGCGAACCUAUGGAGAGUACAGUCGUCCUGCUGGAAUCGCAAUCGCUGUGUUGUUUGUAGGCCUUGUUGCUUACGCCGCCACGGUGAAUUUGUUGGCAUUGCUGAACGAUACCAAGUGACUGGGGACACGAUGAGGAUGAAUGGAGAAUUUUUUUAUGAAGUAGAGCAUGACGUUUAGUUGUCAGAUAGCUGCAAGUGCUCACUGUCAAUAUGAAUAAGUUUUGGUAGGUAAUAAUGUGAAUAAGACGAGCAGUUUUGACUCCUAAAAUAUUCAAGCU